AUGUUUAAAUGUGCUUCGUGGAUCUGCCUAGAACUUUUCCUUUUGUUUUUUAUGAACUGCCUCCAAAUAAUACCAGGAUUACCUAGUGCCCCGGACUACCUACAGCGUGGUUGGCAGAGACUGUUAGAGGAAGGGGAAAGCUGCUCAGACUGUAAACUGGAAGAAUGUCCUAAACCCAGGGGAUGCCUUGCUGGGGUGGUAAGGGACACUUGUGACUGCUGUUUGGAAUGUGCCAACUUGGAAGGGCAGAUAUGUGAUCUCGAUAACACCAACCACUUCUAUGGGAAGUGUGGAGAUAAUCUAGAAUGCCAGCUGGACAUGGGAGACCUGAGACAUGGAGAGGUGCCUGAACCUCAGUGUGUCUGCUUAUCUAACACAGCUGUUUGUGGAUCUGAUGGCAAGACCUAUCCCCAGCUGUGCAAAUUCCAGGAGAUGUCCAAUGCUCAGCCAGGGAGAAAUUUGACUGUUGUACAUGAGGGGCCAUGUGAAUCAGCACCACAGAUCCUUACCCACCCUAUGACAACUGGAAUGUUACUGGGAAGGAUGCUAUAUUUGGCUGUGAAGUCUUUGCCUAUCCCAUGGCAUCUAUUGAAUGGAGGAAGGAAGGUUCCGAGAUGCUGCUACCGGGCGAUGAUCCUCAUAUUUCAGUCCAGUUUAGAGGAGGUCCUCAGAAGUAUGAAGUGACGGGGUGGCUUCAGAUACAAUCAGUUCGUGUGACCGAUGAGGGAACAUACCGUUGCUUUGCUAAAAACAAAGUUGGAGACGUUGUGGCAGCAGCGACACUGACUGUGCUAACACCAGAACAAGUGAACCUGACUGGAUUGUCUCUGCCAAAAUUCCGCAUCCCUUUACAAGAGGACGAUGCUGACAAUGAGGAUUCUGAUUAUUACUGA